GAGCAGAGAAACUCUCUAACCGAAGAUGGGCAAGCUUUUAAGUCUUCUGGCUCGGGAUGAGUCUACCUGUUGCACGCCUCAAAAGUAUGACGUCUUUUUGGACUUCGAAAACGCACAACCUUCCGACAUGGAACGGGAGACCUUUGAGGCGGUGCAAAGAGUUCUGAAAAAUUCAGAAUCUAUCUUGGAGGAGAUUCAGUGCUACAAAGGAGCCGGCAAAGAAAUCAGGGAAGCGAUUUCGGAGGCCACGGAAGAGUGUCAGCGGAAAGCCUAUCUGACCGUGGCUCCUCUUGUUGCAAAGCUGAAAAAAUUCUAUGAGUUUUCUUUGGAACUUGAAAGGGUGGUGCCGAAGAUCCUGGGUCAAUUAUGUUCAGGGAACCUGUCUCCUACCCAGCAUCUGGAGACGCAACAGGCUCUGGUGAAACAGCUGGCCGAGAUAUUGGAAUUCGUUUUAAAAUUUGACGAGCACAAGAUGAAGACCCCCGCGAUCCAGAACGACUUCAGUUACUACCGGAGAACGUUGACCAGAGCAUCCCUGACGAGGCAGGACACCGCUGAAAAGAAUCUCGUGGUUGGGAAUGAGCUUGCCAACCGAAUGUCCUUGUUCUACGCCCACGCGACACCCAUGCUUCGCGUUCUGAGUCACGCAAGCAUUACUUUCUUGAUGGACAACGAAGAUGUAGCGCGCGAAAAUAUCACGGAAACUCUUGGUACUAUGGCGAAAGUUUGCCUACGAAUGUUAGAAAAUCCCAAUCUUCUGGCGCAGUUCCAACGGGAAGAAACUCAACUCUUUGUUCUAAGAGUGAUGGUUGGAUUAGUGAUCCUUUAUGAUCACGUUCACCCUCAAGGUGCCUUUGUUAAGGGUUCGAAUGUUGAUGUUAAAGGGUGUGUAAAAUUAUUAAAGGAUCAACCACCUUGCAAGAGCGAGGGUCUAUUAAACGCGCUCCGUUAUACCACGAAGCAUCUGAACGAGGACAACACGCCGAAGAACAUAAAAAACCUGCUAGCGGCAUGAUUACCGAAACAACGCGGCUGCUGUAUCAGAACCUGAGACAGCUGGUUGCUACUCUUCCGGAACCUGAACGAGUGGUGCAUCUUGUCUGUAUCGCCACGAGGACGUUGAAGAAGAUAUCCUCGAGUUUCCACGUGACCCAAGCAAUCUCCUUGUUCCUGAUCGCGGGCUGGGUGGUGGACCAGAAAACGCAAGUCUUUCGAACCGAGUCUAAAGCUGCCCGAAAACUGCCGACUUCCUGUGACGAAAGAGAAGCUAGAAAAUUAUAGGAAAAGAAACGAGAAAAAGAAGAAAGUUAAACAAAAAGAAAAAAAAAGACAAAAGAAACGAAAAGAAUACAAAGCGACGACUGAUCGUUGGAGGAAUUGCUGGAACCGUUUCGCCGCGGCGUUUUUAUUUGCCGCGAAGGAACGCGCGCGUUUAGGAAUUAUUAUGGUAUUCGCUAUCUUCCUCAACCACAUGAAUUCUUAUUGAUCAUUGCUACUAUGAUUAAGGUUACCGCGACUUUUUGCGUUCGUUCGGAGUUCGAUUACCGUCACCGAAGUAUUAUUCACCCGACUGACGUCACUUAUUCAAAUAUUAUUGCUCUCUCAGACGGAGAAACGAGUUAAUUACAGCAUAUCAAUAGCAUACUUAGGGUAAUUCCGAUCGCGAGCAUUCAAGUAACUGUUAUGAUGAGAGGUUUAAUAACGUUGUAGAUAUAUUGUGGAGAUUUUUAGCUCUUGUUUUCUUUGUUGAACGGUUGUCAUCGGGCGGGAAGCUGUAAUUAAUUGUCCGCGCGGCCGUCGGCGAGCGAUCUCGCGCGUGUUUUUACAAUUUCAUAAUAAAAUUUGAAAACAUGGAAGUAGAAUACCGACGCUGCAGUUGCACCAAAGAGACGUAACGAAAAUGAUUAAGCGAUGCGUUUGCUUCUCGUCGACGGGCGUGCGAACGUUAAGGAAAAUUGUUAUAAAUAGGGGCGUGGACAUUGAUCGAAAGUGAAAAUCAUGGACGACUAAUGUUAUUUUGCUGCGUUAUUAUCCGACGAGUUUCAGAUAAUUUCGCAACGAGCAUACGCACUGCACGAAGCAUCCUUCUAGAAAUGCCCUCUUCUCGUUUCAUAUGAUUUCCGCAUAAUAGAGAAUGGAAAACCAAAGAUAUUAUUAUUAAUAUAUAUCACUGCUUUUGUUACGCAUUUAUUAUUACGAUGAUUUUUAUCCGGGGACGUUAUCUGCGUCUUCGACGGAAGAGGUCGUGCGAUUUUAAUGCAUUUGAUUGAAGCAAAACUUCACUGGAACGAUGUAAUUCCUUGCGCUGGCAGUCGCAUUCUACACUCUCUCUUUUUAAGUGCACGUUUACAGAUUUUAAGCGUAUGAAAUCAAUUAACUGUCUACAUUUUCUUGUAUCAAGACUUUUACCAUUUGUAUCCAAUGUUAUAACAUUGUAUUAUACAUAAGAGAUCCUAUUGCGAAAGCUGUCUUGGUCGGUUUUAUCAUUUCUCUCGUAAUAAUAGGUAUAACAGUAAAUUGAUAGGUUCAACUAUUUAUGGAUUGAAAUAUGAAUUUUUGAAGCAUCGUUACGAAUUAAAUAUAUAAGAUUGAUAUAACAUUUUCAUAACGUACGGGAUCUCAUAAACUAUUUUGAAUUUGGUAUUUGGCACAUGGAAGCGAAAGAACAAAACAGCUUUUAAAGAUGAAUUUCUUACGUGUUCAUUGUAUUUUCAAUCUUUCUUUAGUGAUAUUUAUGAUAACUGUGUUGUUAUUGUUUUUGAGUAGAUAUACCUAUUUGCGAAUUUAUGUUCAUUUUUAUGGAUUAUAAUAUAUUAAAAGUGUAACGUUCAUGAGAAUUUAGUUGUGCAAAACUGUUUUCGUCGAAAUAUUUCGAUUGUUCGUCUCUUACGUCGUUGCUUAAUUUGCUCUAUUUUUUUUUUUAAAGAACUUUCGACGUAUUUAAUCGUAUUUUUAGCAAGCUAAACAUUAAUUUUUUAGUUGCAUCUAAUUAAUUUGAUAUCGGGGCUGACAGGGCAGAAUAUUUUCCUACCUUUUCGAAACAACGUUCUCGCCGAAAAAGAUGAAGGAGAAAGGCAGGAAUUCGAACACGGAAACAAUUUUUAAAAGAUUAGUAUUUUAUUAAAUUUACAUUUUCGACUUUGAAUAUUUUUAUAACGACACAUGCUUCCCAUCUUUGUCUUCCAACUAUUUCUUAAUCAUUCUUUCGAAGACGAUCAAUCGAAGUUGUUACACAUUCGUAUCAGCGGGAGAGAAAGCAUUACAGACAUAGUUAACGCAGAUACAUUCACUUUUACACACGUGUUAAUAUGAGAUCGAAGUUCAACGUAUGCUUCGGCACUAAAACUUUUGCGCAACGAUCGAAACAUGCGAAGAUUUUGUAAACAAAAUUUAUUGUAAUGUGCUGUAUGAAUACCCUGAGGAAUAAACCUUCAAACAUGUGGAACGAUAUUCUAAUAAUUCAUAAGAGAAGGAUCUUUUUUAUACUUCUAAAACAGAUAGUGUUUUGUAUUAGGAAAUCAGGAAUUCUUGUUGUAUUGUAAAUAUUUUUUUAUGUAUAUAUUAUAUUUGCUUUAGUUGCAACAGAAUCUGAAAGUUUUGGAAAUGUUGUAAGAUUUUGUUAUAUUUUAACAUUACGUACUGGAGUAACAAUUAUUACGCUGUGCACAGAGUUUCGGUUUGGAAUGUUUCAGUAAAACUUAUUAUUAACAUUUUACGAUUAAUGCGCUAUAUUAUCUAUUUACGAACAUUGUUACUUGAAACUGAAACUGUAGACGCCCAAGAGUUAAUAAAAUACAUUAUAUAAAUA